AUGAGAAGCUGCCAACUACCAAGUACCAUGUUAUCUUCACCACCAUCCCUUAUGGAAUCAUCCCAUUUCUUGAGACUUUUCUUAGCUUUCUCCAUUAUCUUUCUGGGAUUUUCUUCAUCAUCUUCUUCUUCUUCUUCGCAUUUGUCUUCAAGAGAACUUGGGGACAUCACCUUUGAGUAUCGAAACUACACUGCAAUACAUGAAUUUCGGUUACUCAAUCGAAAACGUAGCAUUUUUUGUCCUGAUCCAAACCCAUAUCUCCAAAUCAACAUUACAUCAAAUCCAUUGCUUUCUGAUGAUGAAUUUGUCACGGUUAAUAUCAGUGGAGUUUUGCUUCCUGCAGAGAGUGAUUGGGUUGCUAUGAUCUCGCCUUCUCAUGCUAACAUUUCAGCUUGUCCCUUCAAUGCAAUUCAAUAUGAGCAGACUGGCGAUCUCAGUAAACUUCCACUUCUCUGCCAUUACCCCGUGAAGGCACAAUAUGCAAGCAAAGAUCCAGAUUAUUUGAGUUGCAAGAAAAAGACAUGCCAAAAGUACGUGGAUGGGAAGUGCAGAGUUAGAACCUGUGCUGCCACUUUAUCAUUUCAUGUUAUUAACAUCAGAACAGACAUAAAAUUCAUUUUCUAUGGUGGCGGAUUCGAGACUCCUUGCGUUCUAAAAAUAUCUGAUUCUGCUACCUUUGCCAAUCCCCAAAAGCCUCUACAUGGGCACCUCUCCAGCACUGAUUCAACUGGAACUUCUAUGAGAGUAACGUGGGUAAGUGGGGAUAAACAGCCACAGAAAGUUCAAUAUGGAGAUGGGCAAUCCCAAACAUCACAAGUGACUACAUUUACUCAAGACAACAUGUGCAGUUCGGCUGUGAAAAGUCCAGCUAGCGAUUUCGGUUGGCAUGACCCAGGCUACAUUCAUUCAGCAGUGAUGACUGGACUUAAACCUUCAAGCCAAUUCUCUUACAGAUAUGGCAGUGAUUCAGCUGGUUGGAGUGAUAAAAUCACAUUCAGAACACCACCUGCUGGUGGAUCAGAUGAGGUCAAGUUUGUUGCAUUUGGAGAUAUGGGCAAGGCCCCUCGUGAUCCUUCAGUCGAACACUAUAUUCAGCCGGGAUCAAUAUCAGUAAUUGAAGCCAUAGCUAAUGAAGUAUCUAGUGGAAAUAUAGAUUCUAUAUUUCACAUUGGAGACAUAAGUUAUGCCACUGGAUUUCUAGUAGAAUGGGAUUACUUCCUUCACCUUAUUAACCCUGUGGCUUCUACUGUUUCGUACAUGACAGCAAUUGGGAACCAUGAGAGGGAUUAUGUGAGCUCAGGAUCAGUCUAUAUUACUCCAGACUCAGGUGGAGAAUGCGGGGUGCCUUAUGAAACUUACUUUCCAAUGCCAACAGCAGCAAAAGACAAGCCUUGGUACUCUAUAGAGCAAGGAAGUAUUCAUUUUACCGUUAUCUCAACCGAACAUGAUUGGACAAAAAAUUCUGAGCAAUACAAUUGGAUGAAUAAAGACAUGGCUGCAGUCGAUCGAUCUAAAACUCCUUGGCUAGUCUUUACUGGACACAGGCCUAUGUACUCCUCCAAUGGUGGCUCAGUCAUUAUUCCAAGUGUGGAUAAAAAAUUUGUUCAAGCUGUGGAACCAUUGCUAUUAGCAAACAAGGUCGACCUAGCUCUCUUUGGUCAUGUUCAUAAUUACGAGAGAACAUGUGCAGUAUACCGGAGCGAUUGCAAAGCAAUGCCUAAGAAAGAUAAAAAUGGAAUUGAUAUAUAUGACAAUUCCCUUUACAGUGCACCAGUUCAUGCUGUUAUUGGAAUGGCUGGAUUUACCCUCGACGAAUCUCCAAGUAAUGCCGAUCGCUGGAGUUUAGUUCGGGUCUCGGAGUUUGGGUACGUGAGGGUCCAUGCAACAAAGAAAGAACUGAAUUUUGAGUUUGUAAAUUCAAGUACGAAAAAGGUUGAAGAUAGCUUCAGAAUCAUCAAAGCAUAAGGAUUACCGAGAAUAU